GGAAAUGUGGGUCUUUAACCGACAAACAAUAGCACUCUUGCAAAUCGCAUUAGCGCAAGUCAUUUUUAUUGCGUUGCAGGAAACAGGCGAAGUCAGAAGGCCUUCUAAACAAACUUAUUUUAUCCCACUGAAGACGAGACAGUGGUGAAGAAGUGUGUUCACCCAUCUGCAGACUCCCCUUUUGCAAGUGAGUAUUUUUCAGGUCAGUAGUAUUGGCCGAAGGACCGUGUAAACGGGGCUUGUAAAAGGAUCCAGCGUGGCUGGUGUUGGUGUAUAGAAAGGAGCCUACUCAGCUCUCCAGGCUCCUCAGCCAUGGCUCCACUGGCCUAUCUGAAGAGCCUGUUUAUCCUGCAGUUGCUAAUGGGCUUUGUGUUUGUGGUGAGUGGUCUCAUCAUAAACUUCAUUCAGCUCUGCACCUGCAUUCUUUGGCCAAUCAACAAGCAGCUUUAUCGAAGAAUCAACUGUCGGCUCUCCUACUCACUCUGGAGUCAGUUGGUAAUGCUGCUGGAAUGGUGGUCGGGCACAGAAUGCACUUUAUACACUGAACAGGCUACAGUGGACAAGUUUGGUAAAGAGCAUGUCAUUGUCAUCCUCAACCACAACUUUGAGAUCGACUUCCUUUGUGGCUGGACCAUGUGUGAAAGAUACGGUGUAUUAGGGAGUUCCAAAGUGCUUGCCAAACAUGAGCUUCUAAAAGUUCCUCUGAUUGGCUGGACUUGGUACUUCUUAGAAAUAGUGUUCUGCAAAAGGAAGUGGGAGGAGGAUCGAAAGACUGUCUUUGAAGGACUGACCAGGCUCAAAGAUUAUCCUGAAUGUAUGUGGUUUCUGUUAUAUUGUGAAGGAACCCGCUUUACAGAGACAAAGCACCAAAUCAGCAUGCAGGUUGCAGAGAGUAAAGGCCUACCCAAGCUCAAAUACCACCUGCUGCCCCGCACCAAAGGAUUCACAACCACACUGCAGUGUCUUAAAGGCACAGUCUCUGCUGUGUAUGAUGUGACUCUCAACUUCAAAGACAACCACACUCCCACUCUUCUGGGCAUUGUCAAUGGCAAGAAAUACAAAGCUGACAUGAGUGUAAGGCGGUUCCCUGUGGAAGACAUACCAGAUGAUGAACGAGAGUGUGCAAAUUGGCUGCAUAAGCUCUACCAGGAGAAGGAUGCCCUGCAGGAAAUGUACAACAAGGAAGGGAAGUUUCCUGGACCAACGAUUAUUCCACAUCGCAGAGCUUGGCCGCUGUUGAAUUUCCUCUUUUGGGCCACCCUGCUUCUUUCACCUCUCAUCAACUUUGCUUGUGGAGUCGCAGUUAGUGGUUCACCUCUCCUCAUCAUUGGCUUUAUCAUCUUCCUGUUCAUUGCUUCAAUAGCGAUCCGUCGACUCAUAGGGGUCACAGAGGUGAAAAAAACAGGUUCCAGUUACGGCAAUCAGGAGGCCAAGAAACAAAACUAAUCUGUUUCACCCCGUCUCUGUACGAUCAUCCUGCGGUGUCUCAUUCCUGCCAUUAUCUAUUCUCCUCCCACUGUUGGGUCAGUUGGCAGCCCAGGGAGGACACCCAGCUGUGAACACACAAUACAGGCCAGUUUUAGGUAUCAUAAUGGCAUGAGAGUGAGAGAGAGCACGGAAGGUCUUAGGUUUAAGCUCUCUGGUGCAACACAGAACAUUUAAAGGGGAAAUGCAUCACUGUCUUCCCCUGUUUCUUUCAGUUUCUUAAUCAUGUUAGUAAGUCACUGUCCCCAUCUUAGACUCAUUAAUUCCUGUCAGAAUCCGUGGUUAGACUCCUAACCUAUCAGAGGUUACAUGGACAGCCAGACAGUCCCUUUUCUGCUCUGAGCUAUCUACCUCCUCUUCUUGUCACAGUCAAAAACCAUUCUGAGAGCAGUGACAUGGUCAUUCAUUUUGCCUGCAGAACACAAGCCGAUCCACAUUUGAUCAUGUAAACCAUAACCUCCAUCCAGGGGUAGUGCACGUUUGCAGCUGUGACCUUUAAAAAGCAGGACUCUCCUCCUCUUUAACUACUUGACUUGUGGUGAGAACAUUGUCUUUAGGCCCUGGAAUGCUUUAUAACUAAGGAUGGAUUCACCUAAGAUCACAGAACAGUUCUUAUUUGGCAACUGGCCUGGCAGACAGUUAAGGUUUUUAUGUCCCUAGACUUGAAAGGCACCACUGGCACUCCAGUACAUUAUUAGUGUGUACGAUUUCCUUGAUGCUGAAGUCAUUGUGGCAGAACAUCUUAAAAACACAGCAUAUGUGUGUCAAGAUAAUCAUGAUUUAAUGCUAAUUUUUACAGUUGAAGCUAACCAUACUGACAUGAUUGCUUAUUGGAGUUGUAAGCACACAGUUCGUGGACAGUGAAGUUGCAUUUGAAACAUGUGAGUGCCACCUGUCAACUUCAAUAGUAGUGUGCGUGUUUGAGCAGAUACUAGAUACUGAAAGGGUGAAUUUGAUUUUAUUUUCUUUCAGAUUUGCAGUCCUUUUUUUAACUUAGCCCUUUACAUUUUAGCCAGGAGUCUGAUGAGCUCAUGUAAACACUCAGAAUGUAAAUCUGACCUCAAAGAUAGCUAUCAUCUGUGUCAGGACCAUCUGUAACCUGCAGCACAAACAUCUACAGACUACAGACACGUUUUGAUUAUGUUUUAUAACUUCUCUGAUUUUCACCUGCUUUUCCUUAAAAGUUUUUCAGACAUGCAAGUGUGAUGAUAAUUUGACACAGAACUCCUAUCCAUAUACCAAAGCAGAGCAACCCUUCACCCAUCCUCUGGUUCAAGUUGAAAUGCAGCAGACAUUACUUAGGAUGAGACCAUUCUGCUUGUGUAGUAGAAUGACGGUAGAACCAGAUUUAAAAGAAGUCAUCAUGUAGCCUCCAAUCAGUAAGCGUAUCCUUUGCUGUCCAGAUUUUGACUGUAGAAGUGGAUGUUUUAACCUUUGCCUUAAAUCAUGCUUGCUCAGGCAAGGGAUUGUUAAUUUACCACCCCUUUAAACAGCACCCACUUCUUACCUAGAUUUUGAAUUUCCUAUCUCCUCCGUGUCUACUGAAAAAUGGAAUAAUGUACAUUUAUUGGGGUUCAUUAAAAUAAAAGUUUGUAGAAACCAUUUUAAUUUUUAAUGUUUAUCAUCUUUGUUCUUAUAAGUUUGUUCUAACUGCACAUUAUAAUUCUUUAAAGAAAGUUGUUUACACAAAAUGUGCACAGAAGAUAUGUCAGAGUCGGUCAUCCCAAAAUACUUAAUAGAAAGCCUGCAGGAUCAGACAAAUUCAUCUGAUUGGGUAUAUAUUUGUUUCUCUCAUAGGGGUGUAUCGGUUCACAGAGGUCAGGGUUCGGCUCGUUCCUCGGUUUUGGGGUCACGGUUCAGUGCGGGUUCGGUUCAUCAAUUAAAACAAAGUCCCAGAUUUAUUAUUCUAGAUGCGUGUCACUUAUUAUUGUUAUUUUUACUGUUAGUGCAGCUAAUGUUUUUUUACAUGUUCAAAAUAUACAUUUGAAACAAUUAAAUUAACACUUUGUUACAUCUGGUGUUAUUAAGAACUUGCAGUGUUAGUCGGUACAGCCUAUAAUGUUUUUUAACAUGAGACAAAAAAGGAAAACAAAAAUAAUGUACAACAUGAAAAGCAAAACAGAAAACAGCCCAGUAUCUCAAAGAUAAAUACUGCAUAAUAUGCCAAUUAAAAAAGGUGGUAGAGCAGCAUAUCAUAUUUAUGAUUGAUGAGUGUUGUAACACCAUUUUUCUUGAAUAGCCUCUACAGUGGUUUCUCUGUUUCCACAUCUGUAGACAUUUUAAAAAGGGGUGAGGAGAGUGAGGAACGAACAGUGGGUCCCGCUGCCUUUCUAGCAGCAGGAGUCAACUUUUCUUCUACGUAUGUUUCUAAAGAUCACAUUCUUUUUCUUCUUCAUUGGUGUUUUAAAGAAAAAAAAAAAAGACUUAGCAUUGCUGCCUCCAAUAUCGGUGGGUAAAUACUGCCUCUUUUCUUUUCCUGUCUUUUUUUCAAUGGUAUGGACGUAUUCAGUGUGUACCUACGUGCAACGAACCGUGACAGUUCGGGAUGAAUACAAAGACCGUUACACCCCUGAUCUCAUUUGUAUAUUGAACAGAAAAAAAAAUCACUGGAUACGACAACAAUCCGCUGGGAAAAUAACUCAAACAAUCCCAGCAGGAACCAGCUGUUCUCAUGUUGUGCUACUGUGUAAUCAACAGAGGUAGAAAAAGUACUGUUACUCUGGGUAAAACUUACUUGAGCAGAAGUACUGGUUUUCAAAAUGUACUAAAAAAUUUUUAAUUUCCCCCAAAAACUACUUAAUUACAGUAAUUUGAGUAAAUGUAAUUAGUUAUUUUACACCCCUGGAGAAACUCCCAUGAUGCUUUUGUUUUGAAAAGCCCCGAGCACAGUUCCACUACGCACCAAAUCAAGUCUCUUAUAGGGAGGUUUAAGGUAAAACUAAAGAAGAAUAAUAGGGCUCUGAGAGCAGGGAGACCAAGCCGACAGACAGCAAACCAGCGCCUGGUAUGAAAGCCAUGACAGUGCUAAAACAUGCCGGCCUCCUGAUGAGGCCCAAGUUCAAAUUUACUCAAAUUCUGAUAUCUAGUGAAUUUUUUUGUUCAGUAUACAUAUGAGAGAUAAAUAAAUCUUUACAUUUAGGUGAAUCAGUCUGAUCAUAUUGGGUUCCUUUUAAAAAUAAACUCUUGCUGCUGCAGUUCAUGGGUAAAUGAUUUCCACUGUGACUAGGCUCUCCUGGUCCUAAAUGCAAAUAUCAUGAAGGGCCUAUUUUGUCCAUCUCUCUUCUCCCCUCAACCUUCCUUGCCAUAUAUUCAUCAAAUUUUUCUUCUGUUAAAUUUUUACUCCUCUGCAGCAAUAUUUUAUGUGCAUCCUCCCGGUGUUAUAACAAGUCUGACAGAUUUCAUUCAAGCCUUAAUAGACAGUGCUGCUUACUUUUUGUGUGGAAAUAUUAGAAGCUCUUUGAGCCCAUGAGGUAGUGAUGGAGUUAAAAUGUCCUCUGCUAUAGCAAGCAAGUUGCUGUUAUUAGUUGCCAAGUAUUUUAUUUGAACAGUAAGAAUUGGACAGAAAUAAAAUAGUUCGCUCUUAUCUGUAAAGAGCUCCGUUUGCAUCAUUAACAGUUUUAUAUAAAAACACAGUGAGUUGCUUUACCUCAGAAAUGUGUUCAAUGAUUUCUGACCUGUGAUCUGUAUUUUUCUUUGAUACCUACAUCCAGCAUCAGAUGUGUUACAGUCAAACUCAUCCUGCCAUUCAGUCAAAAUCAUCUUCCAAAGCAGAGGGAGUGAGAAGGAAGUCAAAAAGUAUUUGGAAAACCUUUUACACUGGUUGUUUUUUUUUAUUCAGAGAAAAAUAGAAAUGUAACUUGUGCUUGUUUUUCAAAUCAAACCAAUAUCAAAAAUCGACUCCUUUUUUGUAUAUCUAAAAUUAUUCAGUCAGUGGCACCUAUCAAUUCAGAUUUUGUUUUGUUUUCUAAGGCAAUUUUUAUGUUUUCUUCUCUAAACACUUGAGAUUAUUAAAGGAUUUAAUCACA